UGUUUUGGCACAAGACAACAAAUUGAUCAUUUAUUUCAUCAAAAAGAGGAACAAAAAAAGAGAGAUGUCGGGUGCACAAGGAGCAGAGCCGAAGGGGUCGAGGACCGCAACCGAGUACGAGUCGGUUCCGGAAGAAGGGAACAAGACCCGGCUCGACAUCCGGUCGCGGGACGACGAGCCGGGCAUUCAAGUGGAUAAGCUUCAGGACAAGGUUGAAGAUGCCGCCGGGUUAGGCGGUCCCGUUUUCGGCGCCGGGAAGAAUGACGACGACAAGCAGGAUCUCGGCGUCACCGGCACCGCCUAAUGCGUAGUAACGUCGACGUGUUUUUUUUUUAAAAAUUAGUAGUUAAUUAAUAAGAUGUAUUGUUAUUAUUAGGAACUUUCUGGAUGGCUGAUCUCUGAAGAAAUAAACCUGGAAAUGGAGAAUAAACUCAGCCUCACCGAGUCUACCAUCACCGAACCUCGCACAGCACUUCUCGCUACAAACGGUCGAGGUCGCGGUAGAGGAGGCUACCGCGGUCGACCGUCACCUGGACGUGGAUACAACAGCGGACGUGGAGAAAGGAACAACGGUCGACCGUCCCAGGGAAACGGUCGACCGUCACGGGAUCUGCCAACCUGCCAAAU